GAAUGGAACGGGAAAGAUUAGAACUGGGAGGGAGUCGGAGAAGAGGAGGACGCGAUCGAUUCGAAUCGAAAUCGAAAUUGGAGAAUAUUCUCCCAAAUUUCAUCUCGAUUCGUUUUUAUAAUCCGAUCGAUCGAAAAAUAAUCCGAACUUGAGAUGGAGAAUUCCCUUCUCGAAGACGAGACCACGAAGGCGGCGCCGGCGGUGGCCGGACAAGAGGACCAAAACGAAGACUCCGCCGUCUGUGAGAAGGAGAGAUAGCCGAAGGAUCAAGACCGAAUCUCCAGUGGAUCUCGUACCAUUUAUCGAAGAAAUCGCAAGGAAAAGCUUCGGAAAUCGAAAGGAUGUCGGCGACGGUGAUGAGCGGGGAGGCGGCGGCGGGGGAAGAGAAGAUGGAGGUGGUCGAAGCGGCGGCGUGCGAGUGCUGCGGGCUGACGGAGGAGUGCACACCGGGGUACAUCGCGCGGGUGCGGGAGCGAUACGCGGGGCGGUGGGUGUGCGGGCUUUGCGGGGAGGCGGUGGAGGACGAGAUCGGACGGUCGGGGCGGCGGAUCACGACGGAAGAGGCGAUGACCCGGCAAGUGAGCUUCUGUCGGAACUUUCGAGCCGCCGCAGCAUCGCCAGUCGAUCCCGCGGAGCACUUCAUCGCUGCCGUGCGGCACCUCCUCCGCCGGAGCCUCGACUCGCCGCGGGUGGGGCGAUCCACCCCCGAUAGUCCCCUUCGGAAGGGAGGGGCCGUCAUCGCCGCCACCACCGCCAGCGCUCGGUCUCCACUGGUCCGGACCGAGAGCUGCUUCUCGACCCUGGCUAGUUGAAGACAGCGAAAUAAGCCUUCGAGGCAAGGGGAAAAAAAAAAGAUCGUCGAGACGAUUGGAUUCGAGUGGGAUAGACUCUCAAAUAAGAAAGUUUCUCCAAAAACCUCUGGUUAAAUCUAGGCUUAAUUAAGGUUAGAAUGUUAGUUUUAAAACUCAGUUUUUCUGGCACUCAAAUUUCUACUAGUUUCCUUAGUGUCAAGGUUCUUGUAAGAUUUGAUCAAUGCAUGGAACUUGAAAAAUGGAAGAAUUCCAUUUUCCAAAUGUUAUAUUUCUGCUCUCAAAAACGUUCCUGGAUUUUAAAUAUCUAUGAUUAUUUAUAAUGUAUAUAAACUGGCCGUUUUGAA